AUCUUGCCUUGCGAUCGCCCAUGUGUGCACUGCCAAAAGAUCGCAGAGCUAAUCGAAAAGCUUUCGUCUUCUUUAUCAAGCAUAAAAAGCUUGUUUGCCUCAGUAGCCGGUGGGCACUUGGGCCUCAACGGCGGAGUAAAACGUCUCAAUUGCCUUUUUACGCUGUGAAAUUAUUUAGAAAAAUUUAAUACAAAAUUAAUUGCUAAUCGUUCGACGAUUACACAAUCUAUAACAAGAUAAUACAGAAGAACCUUUGGCAGUCCGAAAAAAGCUGCCAAACAUUUAUAAACAGACGAACAAAGUUCAGAGAGCCAGAUGGGAACUAUAUCGCUGAGCGACUACGAGGAUGUGCGCAUCUGGGCGCCCUGGGGUCACAUUGCGGGUCGCUGGUAUGGCAAUCGAUCGGAACGUCCCAUUCUGGCCAUUCACGGCUGGCUGGACAAUCUGGGCACCUUUGAUAGACUGAUACCCUUGCUGCCCGACUACCUGGGCGUGUUGUGCAUUGAUCUGCCUGGGCAUGGGUGCUCCGCACGGCUACCAGCGGGCAUGCACUACAGCACGGCCGAGUUCAUCCUCAUCAUAACACGUGUCAUGAAGGAGUACAAGUGGCCAAAGGUCUCGUUGAUGGGACACUCGCUGGGCGGCGUCCUGUGCUACAUUUACACUGCACUCGCACCACACACUGUCGACCUGGUCAUCUCAUUGGAUAUAAUUCUAAGCCCUUUAGAGGCGCCUGAAGCUUUAGAUUACUUGGCUUACUUUUUGGACAAGCGCCUGGUGGAGGCUGAGCGCAUUGAAGAGGCUGCAAUGCGAGAGCCACCUUCCUACACGCUGGCCCAGCUGCGCAGUGCCCUCAGCGAGGGCAGCAACAAAUCGGUGCCGCCAGAACUUGCACAGCAUUUGCUGCCCCGGAGCGUGGCCAGGUCCCAGAUGUAUCCGGAGAAGUAUUACGUUUCAAGGGAUGGCCGCACCAAGUGUCACAAUGUAUUGCUGAUCAAUGCCGGCCUCGCAGCUGAAAUGGCACGGCGCAUCAAGAAAAAUCCCUAUCUCGUCAUAAAGGGAACAGAGUCCUCCUACAUAAGCUCCAACGACGACGAGCUUAUCAAUAUAUUAAGAAACCAAAACGCCCACUUUGAAUACCACGAAGUGCCCGGCACUCAUCAUGUGCAUCUAGUGAGCCCUGCACUGUGUGCCCGGCAUAUAGUUCCCUUUUUGAGGCACCAUCGACCGCCCAUAGUCUCCAGUUGGACGCCAGAUGGCGAGGUGCACAGGCUGCGCUCAAGGGAGCAUCGUCUGGCACAGGAGAACUUCUAUGCAAGGCGUCUGAGUACGCUAUAAGGGGAAAAGUGAGAAGCAUAUGCAAUAAACCUGAAAAAUGUGAUAAAGUUAA